CGCGCAUUUUCUUCGAACUAUUCUAGCAGGCGGUUACAUUCUCCUCACUGUGUCGGAGAUGGCCGAAACGGACCACAACCAAAGCCCGGUGCCAGAAACUACGAACAGAGGCCCCCGAUUAUCUAAGGGAAUCAUCGUAGCAGCCGUCUCAGUGUUCGUUGUGCUUCUAAUUGCGGUGGGUGUUGCCUUCGCUGUCAAGAACUUGCACCGCCCAAGGUUCCACGGCGAGUUUCAGGCGGCCCACCUGUUCUCCUGGCAGCGGCAAAGAUCUGGUUUCAUCUACACCUGUACGUCAGAACAUUGCUUAAAGGAAGGGGAGCAGCUUCAGAAGCACGUCGCCUGGACACUCGACCCGUGCGACGACUUUUACGACUACGUCUGUAGCAGCACGAAGCCCGCAUCGUCGGUGCGCAAGUCCGCGGUUCAGCAUUUCCUUCGAGAAGUACACCACGUCAUACGCAAAUUCGAGAAGCUUGGUUGGCUAAGACGUACAAGGCUCACCAAAAUGGUGACGGCCUUCUACAGAGCUUGCAAGUUCAGCGAGCGCAGCGAGGCCUCCAUGCAAGAGCAGAUCGAGCAGGCGCUGGGCCUUCUGAAGAUCUCCGGCCCUGGCAGCAGCACGGAGGAAGGCUUAGCAAUGCUGGCAAAGGUGCUUCAAGUCUUCCCCUUCGUGCACGUAUCCGUGUCAACGAAAGCGAGAAGCCAGAAGGAAUGCAUCGUGCUGAGAAGACCGCAGAGUUUCGACGGCGAUAACAUCUUUUAUAUUCCGCAUGUGUUCUCUAAGGCUUACUUCGAGUUCGUACGAAGGCUGGUGGGAACCGAAGACGCCGCUCGUAAUGUGAAGGAAAUCGAGUCUUCACUUAAACGGUAUCAGGGACUGCGAAGUGAGGGAUUCCAGAAGCUCUCUGAAUACGAGCCGACAACUGCUGGCGAGCUCAAGUCGGAUGUUAUUGACUGGAACAAAUUCCUGAGUGGGCUCGUUGAGUCACUGGCAAGUGACUCCUGCGUCGUCAUUAGGUCACCAGAUUACUUCAGCCACCUUGGAAAAGUACUGAACAAGUUCAAGAUCGAACAGUUGAACGACUACUUGAAAUACAAGGCGAUUCUUCACCUCUUACCUUUUGUCAAACUAGCUGAGGCUGGAAGCUCAGCGCCUGAGAAUUUCACCGAGGACGUGUGUUCGUUGACAACGUACAGGUUGUACAACUACAUUUUUGUGCACCAUUUUAACUCAACCGUCAGGCUGGAUGUCAUCACCAGCGCAGGCAUGAAGGAAGCCAUAGUCCGUAAUUCGUAUCGAAGCGUCUUGGACUCUGCAGUCGAAGUUCCCACCAGCACGGUCAACACCAUUGAAGAUGAGAUCAUGUCUAUUGCACCCAACUACUUCAGCCUGAUGGACAACGUCGACGCCUACUACACGGUCAACGCGCCAGAACUGAACUCCAAGCAAAUCCUCCUCUCUUACGUGAAGACAAAGCUCGCUCAGGCAUCAAACUACGUGAAAGUAAUCCUUAAGUCUGGUGACACCAUCCACGACACCAACUUGGAACUAAGGUGCCACUUUGACCCAGACACCACCAUUCUCACUGUUCCUCUCUCCAUCGCUCCUCUUGUGCUCAAGGGACGAGAGUUCUUCUUGGAGUCCUCAACAGUUGGCUUUGUAAUGACGCGAUUCCUGUAUCAUGUCUUUCAGGAAAAGCUCAUGUUCAACUCAGAGGCUGACUCGGAAAGCCUUCAGAACAUCAAGUCCUGUCUGGAGCACCAAUACAGUUCGAUCGAAGUCCCUAGCUUGAACAAGACACUAGAUGGGCAGAGAACGCUAAGGGAGAACGUGGCGGAUAAUGUAGCGGUUAACGUGCUUCAUCGGGCUUACAGGACGUCGUUACUGUUCUACAUAACGACGAUGGACGCUCUGGGUUUUCAAAACGUGUUCCUGCACUUCCAGAACCUCCCGAGCGUCAGUUCGGAGCAGCUUUUCUAUCUAAUGUUUGGACAGUCCUUCUGUGAUCCGGAUGAGGACACUAAUAAGGUUGUCGACGAAGCGCCCUGGGUCCCAGCUAAAUACAGAGUGAACGUUCCGCUUAGUAACUACGAGCCUUUUGCGAAAGCGUUUGAGUGUCAGCAAGGGACGAGGAUGAAUCCAAAGAAGAAGUGUCACGCUUUCUAACAGUCCGGGGUAUUGCUGUUAUUUGGUUGAAAUAAACGGGUCCUGUUAGUUCCGCUAA